AUGUCUAGUACUAGUCCACCACCACUACCAGAAAGAGUAUCGGAAUCAAACGAUGUCGUAGAUGAAGUACUGGAUCUUCCGCCACUUCCACCAAGAAAUGCUAAGUCGUUAUCUUCAGUUCCAUUGACCUAUAACUUGGAUGAUAGUUUAUCGACCAUUACAAUUAUCCGACAAUUGGAAACAUAUUCAUCGCCGGUGAUGAAUGAGGCUUCGGAUUUAUUCACAGUUAAUGCUCUUAGACAGGAUAAUGUGAAAAGUAAAUUGGACACAAUCAAACUGAACGAAUCUAAUACAAUUUCGGAGGCAGAUAUGGAUUUCUGGUAUUCAUAUAUUGAAGAUUAUAGCAACCAGUUAAUAAGAAAUAAUAGAAUUGAAGAAUUAGAAAGGCAUAUUAUCAGUGGUAUUCCAGAUAAUUUAAGAUCAUUGGUGUAUCUCAAAACGUUACAAGUGAGAUACAAAUUAAAUAAAGAAACCUAUAAUACAUUAUUGAAAAAAGCGAACAAUUCCCAAACAUCAAAGAACCAGCAAGUAUACAUUGAUAGCUUGGCAAUAGAUAGCAAUUUGAAGGAAGUUUUAACUAUCUUCAAUUACUACACUAAUGAAGUUAUAACACCACGAGCAGCUAAAUUAGAGGCGAUCAAUAAUGAGACUGCUAACAACGCAUUUGAAAGCAAUAACAAUUUACCCCCUAACAAUUUUGUUAUAUGCGUCAGUAAGCUAGUAGCAGUAAUACCAAAUUUACUCAACGAAGAAGUUUUGUUUCUUUUGCUCAAAUUCAAUAAGCUUUUUAUCAGUUUAAUUAAGGAUGAAUUUUUCUACAAGGCGAAUAGAUCUUUAGAGGAUUUAUGUCCUGAAGUUUUCGGUUAUAUUACGAAGCAAGGAAUUAAUUUAACUACCUUUUAUAAGAAGACGUUAUUCAGCUUUUUCAAUAAUCAAAUCCUCAACACUGAAAUAUUAUUUACUCUUUUGGACUUCAUUGUCAUCGAAGGGUUUGAUUUUAUUCAUAGAUUGCUAGUUGCAGUAUUUAACGCAAAUGAAUCUUAUAUUAUGACCCUAGAUGGUGAUGGAUUAAACCAGUUUUUAAAUUCAUCACACUUUUUUGAUGCCUUGUCGAGAGAGGAAGAAAAAGUUGAAAUUUCGUCGGUAUUGAAAUAUGAGCCAGAUAUAAUAAAAUAUGAAAACGAGUUCCAUUUACUUCAUGCUAAUUCAUUGAACAACAACAAUAACGAAUUAACAAACUUAAAAGAAGUUAAUGACGACUUGGUUAUUAAAAUAAAUGAAUUGAAACAACAAUUAGAAAAUUUAAAGAAUACUCAUUCAGAAAUUUUAAAUCAAGGAGACGAGCAUUAUAAAGAGCUACAAGAAAAGGAGAAAGAAAAGACUGAGUUAACAGCUGUUAAAGACGAGCUAGUAGAAAAAUAUGAACAUUUAAGUAUGAAAGAAAAUGUGAAAAAUACGACAAAGGCUAAUAAAGAAUUUGCAACGAGAAACGCCGACUUAGAGACGCAGAUAUCUGCAAUGAAAAAGAAGAUAGAAGAGAAGAAUACUAAGCUUGCAAAAUAUUCUAAGUAG